AUGGAUUAUUCAGAAAAGAAACUUGUAGAACUUAGGGAGUUAUGUGGCGCCCGUGGGAUUUCAACUAUUGGUGCAAAAUCUAUACUGAUAGAAAGAUUAUUGCAAUCUGAUCAUGAAAAUAUAAAGAAAGAGAAUAAAGAAGUAGACUUAGCUGUCGUUCCUACUAUACAACCAUCGGGAUUUUUACAAGUAUCAGAAACCGAAAUUUCUCAAGGAUCUAAAUUUGAGACUAUGGAAACUAUUUCUCAAGAAUCAUUUUCACCAUUAGAACUAUCAAAGAUGUCAGUAGAUCUAGAUAGUUCUAAUGUGAUUAAAACAGAAUCGAUAAAAGACUUCGUUGAACAGCAGGAAUAUGAUCUUCCUGUAACAUCAUCUACACCUUCGGUUACAACAUCACCAAUACUUCAGCAUGCUACAGAUUCAGUAUCUGUAUCUACAACACCUAAUCCAACACAUGUUGUACCAUUUGAAACUUCAUGUAAUCAAUCUUUUUCAUAUGAGAAUCCUCCAUAUCACGGAGAUAAUUCUUCAUAUGAAAUUGAUCAUGAGCUUUUGGCUCGAUUAAUGUCGGAAAGAAAGCAAUAUGAUCGAAAUAUGAGUUUGAACGGAUCUAAAUUUUACAACAAAGGAACCAUGAGUCAAAAUCGUCUUAAUCAUGGUGUACAAUAUAACUUUGAUUUAUUAGUGGAGAUCGUACAACAUUCUGUGGUUUACAAUGAUGGUGAAAUACCCUAUUGGUUACGAGAUUCAUAUGACAAGACUUAUGGUACGUCUGAAUGGGGGGAAUCUGAUAUUGUAGUAAAUCCAG